AAUUAUCUACGGAAGAUGAUAUUAUAAUAGUACUGUAGUUUGCAUUCUCAAAAUUUGUCAUUGAUAAUCAUAUAAUACGUCUAAAACUCAUUAAGAAACACAAAAUUCCAGUUCAUUUAAAGAUAAUACGGAGCUAAAUACAGUUGACCCUCAAGUAACACUCUUAUUAAUAGCUGGAUAAUUUGCCGGAGAGUACUUGCAUCCGUUCUCUUUAAAAUGGCUGCUCGAAAAGUGAUCUUUAGUGUUUUAUGUUUAGUGAUUUAUUUCACAUGUUUGGUAUCUUCGGCUAACAUUAGGGAUUGUGGAUCGAAAGAUGGAUCGAUAAUUAAAGUUGAUAUAGAGGGCUGUGAUAAUGAAGCACGGUGUCCACUAGUCAGAGGCCAAAAUGCAACAUUGACAGCCACAUUUAAAUCAAAUGUUACUUCAAAUACACUCAAGGCAGUAGUAUACGGAAAGUUGUCAUUUAUAAAAUCUAAAUUUCCCCUACCAGAUCCAAAUGCCUGUGAUUUGGGAGUCAAUUGUCCUUUGGGUCCGGGGCAAACUAAUACAUAUAUUGUGUCAAUUUACGUAAAGGAAAAUUAUCCUACACUAAGUGUUGAUAUUGAACUUCACUUAAGAGAUGACUCAGGACGAGAUGUCAUAUGUGCCCUUAUUCCAGCGGCAGUCGUUGCAGCAAUAGUAGACGAAGAUAAUGGGCAGCAGCUAAAAUGAAAGUUUCUCUUUUGAAACUAAUUUCUUAUUACCAGAAAAGUACUUUUAUCAUACAUAAUAGAAAUUUCAGACAGCAGCAAGUAAAAAAUUAUUUAUAUAUAGAAACACAUGUAAAUAAAUAUACUCAUUUCUGAGUUAAAUUUUUUAAGUGCAUAUAUUUUGAAUUCCACAUCAACAUUUUUGUAAGAACGUCGUUUAUUCAAUAUAUGCCUACAUAUUUUCCUGUUUUUUAUUCACAUAAAAAUACCUUUUCAAAACGACACAAAAUAAUGAAAAUAAACAAAAAAUGUGAUUCAGAAACCGAAAAUAUUAUUUCUUUUAAGAUAAUUCAUUAACUCUUGCUGUAAUAAACUCGUCAAAUUUAAUGUACCUCAUAAUUUCAUUCUAUUUCAGUAUUUACUAUCAACAAUAACUCAUUUCACGACAGAGAAAAAAUACUUCAUAAUUCAUUAUAUCUUGUUAAUUUCAAGAAUUCCAGAUGCGAAUUUGUAAAGAAAAUAAAUCGAAAAACUCGACGGGUUUUCAUGAUUGCCGUCAGCGGAAAGAGCAGGAUUGUUUUUACUCCUGAGAAAGUUCUAUGUUUUGAAUAAUAACGAGGUAAAGUUAUAUUCUUGUAAUUCAUAUUUCGAAAUAUGAAAUUGAAUAUAUUAUAUUUGAUUAACAAUGUAUUAAUGUUAAUGUUAAGAAUAAUAUUCUCACCUGACUGUGAAUUCGAUCUUCUUUUUUUAAAGAUAUCAAACAAUUACACAGGUUUCCUAAAAAGA